AUGGUUCGCGAAUCCAAUACAGAUGAAAAGCUUUCGACAAUUGUUGAUAGAAAUGAUGGAAGGAGAAAAUCACUUGUUCUUGAUGAUGACUAUGAUGAGAAGGGAAUACUGCAAGGUUUAGAUGAUCAGUAUGAAGCUGCGAUCAAACUGAGUAAUGAUACGCCAUUGGAGGGUACCAGCAAUGUCUCUGAUACAGACGAUUCGAAAUCGACUAUAUCUGAAACCAUAAUUCAACCAACCGGAGAUAACCAGGUCAAUGUUGAACCCCUAAUGAAGAAAUUGGACGAAAUUCACAAUGCAGCUCCUACAAGACUUAGAAGAAGAAAAAGUAAAGGGAAAGCAACGGCUGAAAAGAAGCAAGCUACAAAUAAAACAGAGGAGCCAAGAUUCAGAUCUGGAUUUGGAGAUAUCAAAUUUUAUUCUGUGCUGUCUACUAUUUUCGAUUCAAGCUAUUUUAAAAAUUCGGAAUUCUUCGGAAUAUACGUGCUUUUCUGGCUAGGCACAGCUUUCCUUAUGAUGAACAAUAUUGUUCAUUCGUACUUUGAGAGUAACGAGGGAUUCUUUCAUACUGCAGUGAUGAAGACUUUGAGGAAAGAUUUAGUGAAAAUUGGUUUUACUGAUUUGGGGAUGUAUCUCGGUACAUAUUUUGCCUUUUUUCUUCAAUACGCAUGCUUAAAGGGUUGGAUUGUGUGGGAUUCAAGUGGUUGGAUAAUUCAAGCUGUCUACGAUUUUAUUCAUGGUGCUUUCUGGCUCUAUUUUGCAUCCGAGCAGUGUAUGUCUUAUCCAUGGAUUGGUAAGGUGUUCUUAGUAUUACACAAUCUCGUAUUCAUCAUGAAAAUGCAUUCUUAUGCAUUUUAUAAUGGCUAUCUAUGGCAGAUACUAAGAGAGUUGGAAUUUUCAGAAGAUUAUUUGGAGAGAUUAACUAAUGGUAUGGUUAGAUUGCCAGAGAAGUAUGACUUGGAAAGAACAAAAAAUAUUU